AUGGCAUAAUCAUGUCAAUAUGAAUAAUGUACUCCUUCUAUGCAAUGUAUGUAAGGUAUAUUGGUUUGCAUGGUUGCAACCGGGAAUAUGUACUGUACAUAAGCACUACGCAAUCCUCUUGCAAAUCUUACAAGUCUGGUGCGUUUUCUCUCCGCUUUCACGAGCUGAUUAUGUAUUCUGCCUUCAGCAUAUGCCAUAAUUACACGACUCAUUCCAAGGAAAACUUAGGAGUUUAGCAUACGACAUGCAGAUUCGGCACGGCCUGUGCAUCGCACGAGUCACCUAGUUGUCGCGCCUAUUGUCCGCUGGGUGAGCCACCAUUACCUCACACUAUCAAUAUUGGGCUACAAUGAACCUCAAGGUCCUCUUUUGGGGAAUAGAGGGGGUAUAAAUACAAGAAGAGGCAACAAUAACAUGCAGUCGACGCCGAUACUCGUGCCAAAAUGAAUGCGCCCCUUGCACUCCUGCUGUGUUGUGUUGUUGGAAGUGCCGUAGGGUACUACGCGCAGCCAAACGCGCCCUACAACAUCGGACCGAACGAUCCGUUCGCGGUUGAAGUUAACCCUAACUUCCUCGCCCAACCUUCGCAACGGCUAUUCUGGGGCAGCGGGCAAGGCAGCAACCAGGUCGGCGGCACCGGCUUCUGGAAUCACCUCACGAACAAGUUCCCGUUCCUAGGAAACAUGUUCGGUCGGAUGGAGCUGCCCACGCAGUACGGUUCCCCUUCAUUCAAUAACUACGACUACCAGCAGUACAGCGCGCCUGGCUACCAAUCGUACAAUCUAUACCACCAACCGCAGCCGCAAUUCAACCAGGCGCAACCUCAGUUCAACCAUUUGCAGCCUCAAUUCAACCAAGUACCGCCCCAGUACCCGGCCCAGCAAUACCCUCGGAACUUCGCGGCAGGUCGCGAUGUGGCCAUAACUGAUGAUGCUGUGAUAGUGACUCCCCCGCACGUGCCGAUAGCGCCGCCGGCGCCGGCGCCGGCUCCGGCGGAACCCGCUGAGGGCGGUUACCAGUAUAACAAGCCGCAGUACAGGCUCGAAUUACCCCAUAAGUGAAGUUUCAAUUGCCAAGCUUGUAGGAAACCAUUGAUAAGACUUUAAUUAAUUAUUAUUCCAAAUUUCCUUCGAGCAUUGUUGGCAUCAGAUUACCAAAUUUCUAUUGUUAACUACCAGGCAUAAAAAUAACAGCAUAAUUUUACGGGUAUUAAGUAAUAAAUUUAUAAGAGGCUCUCUGCAGUAUUAAGCAAAGCAUAUUCGGAGAAUGAUUUACAAAUUUAGGUCGAUAAUUAAUAAAAUAAUAAAUAAGUAAUGAAACAUAAAA